UCUAACACAGUUGUCAACAAAACCCGAUUUUAUACUCCACUAGCAACAAGCCAACAACUAUCUCAAUAAAAAACAUCCCUCCUCUUCAACUUUCAUUCUAUUUAUAAUUCUCCCUAAAGCCAAAUUUAAAAGUUAAUAUCCGAGAUUAAUCAAUUCAAUUUAUAAUCCUUAGUAAAACCAAAUUUAAAGUUAAUAUCCGAAAUUAAUCAAUCUGACACAGUUGACAACAAAACCCCACUUUAUAACUAGCACCAACCUCAUUUCAAAAAUAUUCCUCUAUCUUAAGUUCAUCCUCAUCCUCAAUUCCUCAUCCUCUUUCUUUUCUUCCCUUACUUCAUCAAAUGGAUGAAGAAGAAGAACCAGCAAUUCCAGUAGAAUUCAACAAUCUACCAAAAGACAUAAUCUUCGACAUUUUUUCAAGAAUCCCACUAAAAACCCUCUAUCAACUACGCUGUGUUUGUCAUAAAUGGCUGUUUUAUCUUCAUCAAAACCCAGAAUUCAGAGUUUUUUACCAUCAAAAGCACAAAUUCAGCCCAAUUUUGCUAUUCAGUCAACAAAUCACUGAAACCCCAUCAACCAGAUUGUCUGCUUGUUCAAUUGAUGGAACAAAAAUAAGUCAAAUUUCGACCAAUUUUGAUCAAUCAUUAGUUUCAAUCCUCACAUGCAAUGGAAUCCUCUGUUUAAUCUCGAAAACCAACGCAUUUUUAUAUGAUCCCAUCACCAAGAGGCUCUCCAAUCUCCCUACCUCGACCCGACAACAACGCGGGUUCGGGUCAUCGUCGUCUUCAACAAUCAGCUGGGCAUUCGGGUUUUCCCCGUUUCGAAACGUUUUCAAAAUUCUGCAUUUCUACACCACUGAAAAGGAAUUCGACAACUUCCAUUACUGUCAAACACAGGAGCUAAUGUGCGAGAUACUAACAAAACCCGGGUCGGAUCUCGGGCUCGAUACCCGAGGAGAUGAGAAUUGGGAGAAUCUCGGGAAAUGCCCGUUUGAUGUUCUGGGUAGGAAGAAUUACGCAUUUGUUGAUGGGAAAUUCUACUGGUUUGUAGGGGAGAAGAAAUUCAACCCAGAUUGUGUGAAGAUCAUGUCAUUUGAUAUUGAAAUCGAGGGUUUUGGGAUGAAUUAUUUCCCCAAAUCGUGCUCAAAUCGUUCAGUUGAAUGCUUGGAUUUGGUGGAAAUUAGGGAUUGUUUGUGUUUAACUGAUCGAUUGCCUUGGGAAUCGAGCAUGGAUGUUUGGAUGAUGGGGAAAGAAAAUGAGGGUUUUGCUAAUUUGUGGGAGAAGAAGUAUAGGAUUGAUCUUAUGGGGAUUGAUCAUCAUGAUGUGAGGAUUUUGGGCCAUUUGAUUAGAAUCAACGGUGGUGAUUGUGAGAAGAAGGAUGAUGGGGAGAUUUUGAUGAAAAUUGGGGGGCAAAGUUUUGGGUUUUAUGAACUUGGAAAUGGGGUUUAUAGGAAUUUGGGGAGUGAAGUUAAUUUGCAAGAAUGGGGUUUGCAAUUGAUGCUUAGUAGGAAGUUUCUAUUAUAGGAGGAAAAAGAUAUCGCGAUUAGGAAAGAAAACUCAGACGGACUGGAGUAAAUUUGUAUGAACAAGUGAAGUUAAUUUGUAAGAAUGGGGGUUGCAUUUUGAUGCUUAGUAGGAAGUUUCUAUUAUAGGAGGAAAAAAAUAUCGUGAUUAAGAAAGAAAACUCAGGCAGACUGGAGUAAAUUUGUAUGAACGGGGAUUGGAAGUGAAGUUAAUUUGUAUCAAUGGGGUUGCAAGUGAUGCUUAACAGGAAAAAAAAAUCACGAUUAGGAAAGAAAAUUCAGACGGAUUGAAGUAAUUUUGUAUGAACGGGGUUUGCAAUUCAUGUUUUUAGUAGGAAGUGUUUAUUAUAGGAAAACAAAUCGGGAUUAGGAAAGAAAAUUCAGGCGGACUGCAUACGGCAUUUUUUCGGAUGAAGUAGUCUAUUAUAGGAACUUGAUGUCUUUAACCAUUUUUGGAAAGUUUGAUUGUUGUUUUGUAUUGUACUAGUAGUAUCUUUGACUGUAAAAUGUAGAAGGAAAAGAGGGGUGGAAAAAGGAAAAGAAAUUAUACCAAAAAAGUUAUUGAAAUCCUUACUUAUCAUAAAUUUUUUGAGAGAA